AUGAAACGAUCAUUCGAAGAAGAAGAAAAAGAUGAUUUAGCUGAACGAAUAGCUUCAUCUUGUUAUAAUCAAUUUAAUCUCUUAUCAUCUCGUGGAAAACCAUCAUCAAAUGAAUGGACACAUUUAGCAGGUUUUGUUAGUGUUAAAGAUGAUGAUAAUAUUCAAGUACUUUCAAUUGGUACUGGUACAAAAUGUUUAGGUGGUGACAAAGAUGAACGUGGUACACAAGGUUGUUUAUUACAUGAUAGUCAUGCAGAAGUUAUUGCACGAAGAGCAUUAAUGAGAUUCUUGUAUGAAUAA